AUGAGAGCCCAAAGCAUCGUCAAUAAUGUCCUGAAGGCCGUGGUCACCACCUCCAUUCUUGCUGCUGCCAACCCGGUCUUCCCUCGCUGGACUAUCGGGCAAUCAGUGACAACUUCGAGCGGUCCUGUCGCCGGACACGCUGCCUCUGGCGUAUCCGAAUAUCUGGGUAUUCCGUACGCUAAGCCGCCGGUUGGGUCCUUGCGCUUUCAGCCUCCUGUCAAGUUCACCGGCGCUUCUCCUAUCAAUGGCUCCGACUUUGGAUACCAGUGCAUGCAGCCGGGGAACGCCCCAACCAGCCUGGAAGUUGUCAUGAAGCUUGGAAUUCCCGCAUCAGCCGCCGAGGUGACCAAAGCGCUUGGGGACACGGGCUCUCAGAGCGAAGACUGCUUGACCUUGAAUGUAUGGACCAAGCCACAGGCCGGCGAUUCAAAAAAGGCUGUGCUGGUCUGGGUACAUGGGGGUGCUUUCACCACCGGAAGUUCCCGUAUCCCAGCGUACAAUGGAAAGUUCAUCGCAGACCAGAAUGACGUGGUGGUGGUGUCCAUGAACUACCGCCUCAACCUUUUCGGCUUUCCUGGCAACCCGAUCUCCGCCCCCAAUCUUGGAUUCCUCGACAUCCGCCUGGCCAUGGAAUGGGUCCGCGACAAUGUGGAGAAAUUUGGCGGCGACGUUAACAGAAUCACCAUUUUUGGUCAAUCUGCCGGGGGCUCCUUGGUCGACUACUAUUCUUACGCAUACGCGUCCGACCCCAUCGCCAGCGGUUUCAUCCCCAUGAGUGGCACAGCUACUGGAUUCGGUAUCUUCACCAACCAGACUGUGAAUGAGAAGUGGUUCAACGUCACGUCAGAAGUCGGCUGCGGCAACAACUUGACAGAUCCCAAGGUAGUCACUGACUGCAUGCUUAACAAAACCGCUACGGAUCUUCUCUCUGGCCUUUCUUCCCGGGAUGCCGGUAUCGCCUCCGUGUCAGGGCUCUCGUUCGCUCCCGUGGUAGACGAUCGCCUCAUCUUCGCCGACUACAGUAUUCGUGACUCGGCCAAGGCAGGAUACCUCAUCGGCAACACCGAAAACGAGGCCGGUCUGUUCAAGAUCGGUGCCCCUGAUUUCAACGAGACGUACUGGUUUGGAUACAACCUUGUCGCCUUCAGCUGUCCCGCCGCCAGAAGAGCCGCGCGGGCCGUUUCUGCAGGCCAUCCGACAUGGCGAUACCGUUAUUUCGGCAACUUCCCCAAUCUUGCCCUUACGACGACGCCGCCCAGUGGAGCAUGGCACGCAUCCGAGCUCCCUGUACUCUUUGACACUGUACCCCAGGCCGCAAGUAAGAGCACAGCGCAGGAAACUGCCGUUGGCACGUACAUGCGUGGUGCGUGGGCGGCCUUCGCAAAGGACCCAACGUCUGGUCUCCUGAACUACAACCGCAAAGGCUCGUGGCCGAACUACAGGGCCGACGGCAACACUCUCAACCGUAUCUCUUUCCAGAACCAAACGGGCGCUGACUUGGCUCUGGGCAAUGCGUAUGACGAAUACUGUGCCAAAGUAGGAAUCCCCAUUGCUUGA